AUGAUGAAUCUGACUUGCAACUCCACGCUGGAGGAUAUGAGAAUAUCUCCCGGCUCAGAGCGUUUACUAGUCGGGCCUCUCAACUUUCAUGAUCUUGCCCGAAUCAUUGCCGCAUCAUGCACACUCAUUGCCACAGUUCUGAGUUUGUAUCUAAUUUGGAUGCAUGCUCUGCACUACACACAACCUCGUGAGCAGCGAUAUAUCAUUCGUAUUCUUUUUAUGGUCCCUGUGUAUGCCAUUUCUUCAUAUUUGCAAUUGCAGUGGUAUUGGCAUGCCAUCUACUUCCAAGUCAUCUCGGAUUGCUACGAAGCCUUCGCCAUUGCCUCGUUCUUCGCCCUACUUUGCCACUACGUUGCGCCGGAUCUACACAGUCAAAAAGAAUUCUUUCGCGAAUUGCGGCCUAUCAAGCCAUGGGUCCUGCCGAUUAAUUGGUUCGCCAAAUGCUGUGGUGGCCAGCGUGGCAUUUGGAGAACACCGAAGAGCGGCCUGACUUGGUUUAAUAUUAUUUGGAUUGGUGUCUACCACUACUGUUUCAUUCGUGUUACCAUGACGAUAUCCGCAGUUGUAUCGCAAUACUUUGAAAGGUAUUGCGAAAGUUCUAACAGUCCAGUUUUUGGUCAUAUUUGGAUAAUUGUGCUCAAUGCGGUUGCGGUUACCAUCGCCAUGUACUGCCUUAUCCAGUUUUACGUUCAACUCAAAGAAGCACUCGCCGAAUACAAACUUUUCGUCAAAAUUGUCGCUAUCAAAUUGGUUGUGUUUCUGUCCUUUUGGCAAGCGUCAGCCAUCUCAGUUGGUACAUCGACGCUCAAGAUUGUUCACCCAAAUGAAGUUAUCGCAUAUCCCGAUCUCAAAGUCGGUAUCCCGGCCUUACUCCUCUGCGUCGAAAUGGCCAUGUUUGCGAUCCUCCAUCUCUGGGCGUUCCCAUACUCGCCGUAUAGGGCAGGCGCACCAAGGACGUUCUACCCAGUACCUGACGCUGACAAGGGCUCUCCUUCCGUCGAGAACGAGCGUCAACCACCUGCGGGUGGUUUCAUGGGUUUCAUGGCGAUCUUUGAUGCACUCAACUUGUGGGAUUUUAUCAAGGCAUUUGGCCGAGGCAUGCGAUGGCUAUUCUGUGGAGUCAAGCGCCGCAAGGAUGACAUCAGUUAUCGGCUGAAUCAUGGCGAAGGCCUCGAUAUGGAUAAUUUGCCUGACAACAAAGAAGGUGGAAGUUCGUACGAUCGCAUGCGGCCUGCUGUUGUUGCCCCCGACACCGAGUACGACGAAUACAGGCCUGCGAUGCAAGGAUAUGGACAUAAUGCCGCCCUGCAAGCACCAUCAUAUCACGCCACUGGGGUGAUGGGGGUUGAAGAAAGGGCCGGUUUGAUGGAUAAUGCCCAGCCAAACCCAGAAGCUCAUUCAUAUACCGCACCACCAAGGCCUCAAAGGGAACCUUCGCCAUAUGAAGACACCUAUAGGGUGAAUCAACCUCAUCAGUAUCAACACCACCAGGACCCGAGUGGGAUUGGAAUAGCGCAAGCGCAUGGCAAUCCGUAUGAUGAACCGGAUCGCAGGCAAGCUGUGCCGACCAAUGCACAGGCUAUGAUGCAACAAAAAUUAUGGCAUCCAGAUACACACCAGCGUUAA